UUGGACUUUCGUUAUGGAUGACGAAUAUUGGUAGCAGAUCUUUUAUUGGCCUUGCAGGGUCUGCCUCUGUAGGUGGAUAUGGCGUUGCAAUAUAUGAAUUUCAGGCUCUCAACUGCUUACUUCUGUUGGGUUUCUUUUUCAUCCCGGUCUACUUUGCCUCCGGAGUUUCGACGGUCCCUGAAUAUCUCAAGUUGCGAUUCGGCAGCAAUCGUCUUCAAAUCUCCAUCGCAGUCAUUAACCUCAUAACAGCUGCAGUCAUCAUGCUGGCGAGCGAGAUGUACGCCUCCUCCCUGGUCAUCCAGCAGUCCUUAGGAUGGGACCUCUACACAUCGAUCAUCGUUCUCCUGCUCAUGACAGCCGUCUAUACGGUAGCAGGAGGACUCAAGGCCGUCAUCUACACCGACGCCAUCCAGGCCGUCAUCAUGAUGAUCGGCGCCUCCGUGCUGAUGUUUAUUGCUCUGUCCAAAAUUGAUUGGUCGAUGGAUGUACUUCGAGAGGGCUACAUGGCGGCGAUCCCCAAUACCACCGGAUCCAUCUUCGCUAAUACGAGCUGUGGGGUACCCACGGAAAAGGUCUGGCAUAUCUUCCGCCCUGCUGACGAUCCUGGUCUACCUUGGCCUGGGUCCGUCUUCGGGGCCCUGGUCCUGGGGUGCUACUUCUGGUGUACCAACCAGGUGAUCGUUCAGCGUACCCUAGCUGCGAGGAACGUCACCCACAGCAAGGGUGCUUGUAUCAUGACAGGCUACUUCAAGAUCCUACCCAUGUUCCUCAUGAUCAUCCCGGGUAUGAUCAGUAGAACAUUGUGGCCUGACGAAAUAGCUUGUGUAGAUCCAGAAAUCUGCCAAGAAGUGUGUGGUAACCCGGCAGGAUGCUCCGAUAUCGCCUAUCCGAGACUCGUCGUCGAACUCAUGCCAACCGGUCUAAGAGGGUUGAUGCUGGCGACCAUGUUGGCUGCCAUGAUAAGUUCACUGACCUCGAUCUUCAAUGCGUCCAGUUCCAUGUUCGUCCUUGAUAUCUGGUCCAAGUUCAGACCGGCUUCGACGGAGCUUGAACUCGUCAUCGUAGGAAAGCUGGCAACAGUUGUGAUGGUGAUCGUAGGUGUCUUGUGGAUACCUAUCCUUCAGGCCUAUGGUACCGGCGAGCUCUUCACCUACAUACAGGCCGUCAACGCCUACCUUGCACCAGCCGUCCUCGCGGUCUUCACUGCAGCUGUCUUGUGGAAACGGGUCAAUGAAACGGGAGCAUUUUGGGGUCUGCUGUGCGGCUUCACUAUCGGUUUCACCAGAGCCGUUCUCGACUUUGUCUUUGGCGUCCCAUCGUGUGGACAGGAAGAUAAGAGACCUAGCUUCCUGAGCAACUUCCACUUCCUUCACUUCGCAGCCUUCCUCUACGUCUUCACUCUCCUUCUCAUCGUCGGGAUCAGUCUCCUGACAGAACCGGUCUCGCCGCAGAAGCUGGUACGCUUGACAUGGUGGACACGAUUCUCGAAUCUUCCUCGCGAACCUAUGACUGAAGGAGACGAAGAGAGAGCACAGAUCAGAGAGGAAGCAAGGAAACAGGCCACAAUACGGGCCCGCUCGCGCACAGGUUUGUCGUGGAAAGUCAUGAACGUCAUUUGCUGUAUCCAUGGUAACGGGGAAUCACUGAAGAGAAACGACCACGGCGACGUGGAAGGCGACGUCCAUGAGGAGAAGGUGAUGGACGAGCCCGAAGAAGAAAUUAUGUCCGCUGCGUACGAGAAUCCAAAAUGGGCGCGAUUCGCCUUGACUGAUUUGGGCAACAUCACCUAA